UUCAGCGCCAUCGACUCUCUGAACGAGACUCACAGCCCAGCCGCCCCCACAACAAGCAAGCACUCAACCAGCACCUUAUCCCAACAUCUCCAUUUCCCCAUAUCAACACUUCCAAAUCCACCCAAACAACUAUCAUCACCAUGCCUGGAGCAGCCGCCAUCAUCAACCCCAACGCUCCCGCGAGCAAGCGGAUUCAUCUGUUCUAUAACACCAACACCAAGAACCUCGGCAUUCAGCUUCGUGAUGAGUCAAAGACCGUUGACGAGACUGAGACCUUCGUGCCCUCCGACACUGACCAGCCUGGCCUCAUCGUCAAUCCCUCGCAGAUCACCAGCACCGAUUUGACGGGCGUCAAUAUUGUCGUCGGUUUCACUGCCAAGCCGAAAGAAACGACGGUUUCGCAUGAGAACUGCGGCUGCGACCCGACCCAGAACGAUGUCUCCAUCAUCAGCCCCGUCUACAAGCCCAUUUCCGCGACCGAGGUCAGCAACCUGACCAUUGCCAGCACCUCUUCGGACAGCACUGCCUAUAUCUUCUACCUGACUGGCACCGAUUUCAAUACCACGACCAUCAAUGAGAUCACCCUCGGCGAGGAUUCUCCUGGCAGCUAUGAAAACACGGUCAGAAUCCUGCCCGGGAGCUCCCUCGCUGCCUACUACGUCGCAGAGCAGGAUAACCGCUACAUCCUCUACCAGGCCCACAAGCCGGUGAGACUGCACGAGUACUCUCCCAAUACCGAGAGCGUUAGCGACACCGAACUCGUCAACUCGGGCGACGCCAAGCCGAACACUCCGCUGGCGGCUACCAUCGUCGACGGCAAGGUCUACCUCUACUACAUCGACGGCAGCAACCAGCUCCGCGUCAUCACCAAGACCGGCGGUAGCUGGGGAUCGUCCUCGCCCGUUGCUUCGGCGCACGCCUCGGUCGACGACGCGAGCCAGAUCGCCAUCGUGCCAGCCGCCAACGGCAACCACAUCUUCUAUACCGCCCAGGGAGACACCAAGUACAAGUUCCAACACAUAGUUGACAAGCGCACAUAGGGAGCCACCGUGGUAUUGUCCCCUAUUAGUGGCACCCACUUUCUUUGUGUCUUGAGACAUGUG